AUGCCAGCGGUCUUGAAACAGCCAUCCGACUUUCCGUUCAAGGAGGCUUUGCCUUCGGGGGGUGCAAAGGAAGCCCCUGAUAGCUUCCGCGGUUACCUUAAUGAAGGGGGUCUAUACGCGGAACGCGUUGGCGCGCAUCUCCCCGGGUUUCCUGACAAUUCCUGGCCCAACGGGAGUCCUACUACCGGCCUAAAGAAGGCAGGCAUAAACUUUUACCGAACCUCCUUCAAUCUGAAUCUACCGGAUGGAUUCGGUAUACCGAUUCGUCUGAGCAUAACUCCGAGUGAGAUCAGCUCCAGAUUCAGAGCACAGAUCUACUUGAACGGCUGGCAGUUCGGCAAGUAUGUCAAUGAUAUUGGUCCGCAGACGCUAUUUGUGCUUCCGGAAGGUCUAUUACGGCGCAAGGGGACGAAUACUUUGGCGCUUUCUCUGUGGUCGCUUGACCAGGAAGGUGCAUCUAUCGCCGGCCUUCAAUUAGUCGCCGAUGGAUCCUUCGAAACGUCGUUGCACUUCAAGGAUGUGGAUGCACCAGAUUUCGCAGCUCAGAGGAGCGGUCGGCCACCAGCUCUUUCCGUGGAACCAAUGUGA